CUCAGCUCUGAGCGUUUCAUUGUUUUUUUAGCUUCGAAAAUCCUUAGCGCAAGCACUUGCAUAUUCCUGCCUUUGAAGUUUCCAACAUUCUUUUAACUGUUUACUUUCUCGUAUAUUCCUCCCGAGUUGCAAUUUUUUAAGUACAUAUGGCUGCAAACCUUAGAAAUCAAAACCAGUUGUUGUCUAAAAUGGCUAUUGGUGAUGGGCAUGGGGAAAAUUCUCCUUAUUUUGAUGGGUGGAAGGCGUACGACGAAUAUCCAUACCAUCCCAUAGACAGACCUGAUGGAGUUAUACAGAUGGGUCUCGCAGAAAAUCAGCUUUGCUUUGAUUUGAUUCAAGACUGGCUUAUGAAAAACCCAAAAGCCUCCAUUUGUACGCCAGACGGUGUAUUAAAUUUCAAGGAUACUGCUAUCUUUCAGGAUUACCAUGGAUUGCCAAAAUUCAGAGAGGCUAUUGCAAAAUUCAUGGGGAAAGUGAGGGGAGAUAGAGUAAAAUUUGAUCCUGACCGUAUUGUCAUGAGUGGUGGAGCAACCGGAGCUCAGGAGACGAUUGCCUUUUGCUUGGCCGACCCAGGGGAUGCAUUUUUGGUUCCUACUCCUUUUUAUCCAGGUUUUGAUAGGGACUUGACCUGGAGAACAGGAGUCCAACUUGUUCCUGUUGCCUGUGCAAGUUCAAACAAUUUCAAGAUCACCAAAAGCGCCCUGGAAGCUGCUUACGGAAAAGCACAGGAACUUAACAUCAGAGUGAAGGGUUUGCUGAUAACCAAUCCAUCAAAUCCAUUAGGUACCAUCUUGGACAGAGAGACGCUGAAAGGGAUAGUAAGGUUCAUAAAUGAAAAGAACAUACACCUUGUUUGUGAUGAGAUUUAUGCUGCAACUGUCUUCACAAAUCAGCAUAAUUUUGUCAGUGUUUCGGAGGUUAUAGAGGAAGAUACUGAAUGCAAUCGCAACCUCAUCCAUAUUGUUUAUAGUCUUUCAAAGGACAUGGGGUUACCAGGCUUCAGGGUGGGAAUUGUCCACUCCUACAAUGAUGCCGUGGUGAAUUGUGCCAGAAGGAUGCCCAGCAUUGGACUAGUAUCCUCACAGACUCAGCAUUUAAUUUCAGCGAUGCUAUCUGAUGAUGAGUUUGUUGAUAGGUUCAUUGCAAAAAGCAAAGAGCGGCUAGCCACGAGGGAUAAGGUCUUCACUGAGACACUUUAUCGGGUGGGUAUUGAUUGUUUGAAUGGCGAUGCUGGCCUCUUUAAAUGGAUGGAUUGGCGUAGGCUUCUCAAAGAUCAGUCCUUUGAGGCAGAAAUGGAGCUAUGGAGAGUGAUAAUCAAUGAAAUCAAGCUCAAUGUUUCUCCUGGUUCUUUUUUUCAUUGCUCAGAGCCAGGUUGGUUCAGGGUUUGCAUUGCCAACAUGGAUGACAGCACCAUGGAAGUUGCCUUAUCAAGAAUUGCAGACUUUAUGCGUCAGAACAAGGAUCAGAGAAUACGGAGGUCAAGAUGCCUGCAAGGAAACCGUGCCAACAAAGCAGCCUUUAAACUUAGCUUAUCUCGAGGAAAGGUGGAGGAUUUCAUGUCACAAAUUAAUAUGUCCCCGCACACUCCUAUUCCUCAAUCGCCUCUUGUUCGAACCAGGACUUAGCUCGAGCAGCUCCAUCAAUAUGCAACUGAGGGAAAUAUUAAGCCCUUCCCAUUUUUCAGACUAGGUCUUAAUUUAAUGACAUUAUUUUUAAUUUGUAUUAAGUUGUAACUAAGUUGGGGCCAAUGCAUUCUUUCCCGUGGAGAAAACCUGUAUACAAUCCUGUAAAACAUACAGGACUCCAAGGGUUCAUUCAUCACCAUCCAUUUUCUUCAACUAGUGUACUAUUUUUGCCUUUCUUCACAAGCAAAUUGUUAGUGAUGAAGAAGGUUUUAUUGCUUUCCUUCAACAGUGAAUAAAAUGAAGAAUUUAUG